GUUAUUUAAAAAGUCCAAUGUGAUUUUGUGUUAAAUCUAAGUUGAGGAAUCAUAAAAUGCAAAAUAAACGUGGGAAAUGAAUCCAAAUGCGUGUAAUGCAAGUAAACGUGGGCAGCACAACAACUUGGGCCACACACCCUCCCCUCCCUGGCUCCCUUUUACAGUAUAAAUAUAUUGAUUCAAUCCACGCUGAAAUGGCCAUUCAUUCAUUGAUUGAUUCGAUCAUUCAUCCGGAGCGAGUUGUGAGGAGAAUGAAGAGAGAGGGUCGCCAGCACGGUGUGGUCCGAACCUGCCCCGUCAUCGUCCUCCCCCCUUCCGAUUCCCUUUUGAACCCAAGGCCGCCGCGCCCUAAACACAUUUACUCCUCCUGUACCGCCCCCGCCGCCGGCCCGUUCGCCAGGGUCUCCUCCAAGCCUACCAACCACUCCAAGUUCACCGGAAAGUGCGGCCGUGCCCAAUGUCCCGACUGUCAAAAGGUCGGAUCUGCCGCCUCCGCCGGCAAAGCAAAAGGCAAUAAGAAGGCGGCGGCGGGCAAGGGGACGCUGAAACAGAGGACCGCAGAUGCUGCUGCUGACAACAAAUCGAUCGCGUGGCGGGUGGAUGCUGCUCCUAAUAAUAAUUACAGGUCCCGUCACGACGACGACGUUCCUGGUUUCUCGGCCACCGGAAUACUGGGCUACCUGGCUGGCCUCGACUACACCGACGAUCUUGAUGAUGAUGAAGAAUAACUAACUCCUCCUUGAAUUGGGGCCGGGAAGAGCAUGAAGAUGAUGAUGAUGAAAUUGGCCGGCCAGAGAUGAAGGCCAAGAUGAAGAUGAUGUGAGCAUGGUUUCAAUUACACAUCAAUUCGAUCUAUUCCUAUUGCUACACCAUUAGUAUAUGUAAUCAAUCAUGAUGUUUUGU